UUGGUAGAGACCGAGAGAGAGAGAGAGAGAGCGAGAGCGAGAGAGAGAAGGAAGCGCGAGCGCAGUCGUUUGGAAUCACUCCACUUUCUCAUCACACACAGUGCAGCCGCGCGACCUGCUCCGUGCUGGACCGGGGAGGCGGACAGAGUUUGAGGCGGCACAACGGUGACUGCGCGUCGGGGUGGAAACUAACCGGGACGACCGCUAUUGAUAACUCCCGGACCUACCGGACACAGUGUUUAUUGCUUGGGUUGAAUUUUUUUUUUUAAGCGUUUUUCAUCCCUACCCCUUUACAUCACCACUACCAUCUCCACCCCUAAAAAAAAAAAAAACACCACAAACGUGCCAAUCAACGGAGGACGCUCUUUCUGCUCUCACCUAACCCCUUCACGGAGUUGAAGUGAGUGACCCCAGUCCGGACGGGUCGUCCCCCCUAGCUGGGCUCCAGUAACCGUUCCCCCCGGAGAGAGGAAAGGACCUCCGGGUUGACGCGCAGCGCUGGUCACGACAGUAAAAACUGGACAGACAUUGAGAGAGGAUUUGGAGGAAUAAUAACCCCUGUCUGUCCGACUGGAUUUUUUUGUAUUUAAUCUGAGGUCUCCCCCCCCCCCCCCCCUGGAUUGUUAAUUUCGGGGUUGUUUUUUUUUUUCCCGGAGGUUUGGUGCGGCUCCGCCUGGGCACCGAGGAGGAGCGGAGCCUGUAGCCGGGCUGGAGCGCUCUGAGCUGGGGAACCGCGCAGCUCACACCCGGUCCAGAGUUGGCGGAGACAUGGCGGUGCUGAGGUGGAAGGUCCUGCUGUUCCUGGCGAUCACCUUCAUUGUUUCUUGCGUCGGUGCGCCCACUGACAUCCUGUAUCGGGUUCCUGAGGAGCAGCCUCCCAACACACUGAUCGGGAGCCUGGCGGCAGACCAAGGCCUGCCCGACACCGGCCACCUCUACAAGCUGGAGGUGGGCUCGCCGCACCUGAGAGUGGACGGAAAGACCGGUGACAUCUACACCACAGAGGUCUCCAUCGACCGCGAGACGCUAAAGGACUGCCGAAACUUGUUUGAAGGCGACAAAUGCUUCCUGGAGUUUGAGGUGUCGAUCACAGAUAUGGUAAAAGGUCUCGGUUCAGGGCCGCGGCUGAUUGAGGGACGCAUCGAGGUGAUGGACAUCAACGACAACACGCCACAAUUUGCCUCCCCCAUCCUCACCCUUUCCAUCCCUGAGAACACGCACAUCGGCGCCCUCUUCUCCAUUCCCAUGGCCUCUGACAGGGACUCUGGCUCCAAUGGCGUGGCAGAGUACUCGCUGAGCACCGGGUCGGACGCAGACCAGCUCUUCAGCCUGCAGGUCGCCGUGGACUCAGACGAGAAGCUGCCUCAGUUGGUUGUCAUGGGGAACUUGGACCGAGAGAAGAAGGACUCGUAUGACCUGAACAUCCGGGUGGUUGACGGAGGGAGGCCGGCGAGGGCGAGCAGCGCACUGUUGCGGGUCACCGUGACUGACCAGAAUGACAACGCACCGAAGUUUGAGAGGAGUCACUACGAGGCUGAACUGCCGGAGAACAGCCCGCUAGGACACUCUGUGCUUCAGGUCAGAGCAAAUGAUGCAGACACUGGAACUAACGGAGAGAUAGACUACAGCCUCCAUCAGGCCUCAGAGACCGUCCAGAGGCUUCUACGCAUUGACCGCUCAACCGGCAUCAUCUAUGUCAAGGGUCUAGUGGAUCGCGAGGAGGAGAACUUCCUCAAGUUCUUUGUGGUUGCCAAAGAUCGUGGGCCAAACUCAAAGACCUCAAAAGUCCUGGUGACCAUUGUUGUGAGGGACCAGAAUGACAACGCACCAGCCAUCGAAAUCCGUGGAAUUGGCUUGGUAACACAUCAGGAUGGCGUGGCCAACAUCUCUGAGGACAUGCCCAUAGGCACUCCUGUGGCGUUGGUCCAGGUUUCUGAUCGUGAUGAGGGUGAAAAUGCGGUGGUGACAUGUGUGGUUGCUGGUGAUGUCCCAUUUCAGCUCCGGCCUGCAAGCGAGUCAGCUAAUGAUCGCAAGAGGAAAUACUUCCUGCAGACAACUACCCUGCUGGAUUAUGAGCGUAUUAAGGAUUACAGGAUUGAGAUUGUUGCUGUGGAUUCUGGGAACCCAGCCCUGUCCAGCACGAACUCCCUUAAAGUCCAGGUCACAGAUAUGAACGAUAAUUCACCAAGCUUUUCCCCUGCGCUGCUUGAGGUGGACUUUUUUGAGGGCAACCAGCCUGGCGACAAGGUCCUGGAUGUCAUUGCUACAGAUGCAGACAGUGGCACAAAUGCAGAGCUAGUGUAUAACAUCAUUGAGCACUCGGCCAACUUUGAAAUUGAUACCCACAGUGGAGCAGUGCGUGUGAAGAACCUGCUAGAUAGGGAAGAGACGGAGCGGUAUGAGUUUCGCGUGGCGGCAGCAGACAAGGGCGUCCCAAGCAAAACUGGCACUGCUACAAUUGUGAUAAAUGUUCUGGACCGCAAUGACAAUGACCCCAAGUUUAUGCUUAGUGGCUACAGCUUCUCUGUAAUUGAAAACAUGGCGCCUCUCAAUCCUGUUGGGGUAGUGACUGUCACUGAUGAAGAUAAGGGGGAGAAUGCCCGAGUGAAUCUGUUUGUGGAACCAGACAAUGGCAAGUUUGUUAUCCAGAAUGGCACAGGAACGAUCCUGUCCCACAUAUCCUUUGACCGUGAAAAGGAAAGCACUUACACCUUCCGCCUGAGGGCUGUUGAUUCUGGUGACCCACCUCGGUCCUCAUAUGUGGGUGUGACCAUCAAUGUCCUUGACGAGAACGACAAUGCCCCCUAUGUCACCAAACCAGCAAACUCCUCUUACACAUACAUGUCACCUAUCACCCCAACGGAGACUCGUGUGGAGGUGGUGGAGGCUGAGGACAUUGACUCUGGACUAAAUGCUGAGCUGGUCUACACCAUCACAGGUGGCAACCCAUAUGGGCUGUUCCAUAUCUCACCGAGCAGUGGGGAAAUAACUCUGGCACAGGAGUUCACUGGGAAACACAACGGCCUGCACCGCCUUGUGGUGAGAGUCAGCGAUAAAGGCAAACCUCCCCGUCACACCACGGCCCUGGUCCAUGUUUUUGUCAAUGACACCAAGUCCAAUGUCUCCCUCAUUGAGGCACUGGUCGGACACAGCCUCUACACUCCUUUGGACAGGGACAUUGCUGGAGACCCAAACUAUGCCCUUGCUCAGCGCAGCAACAUCCUGUACGGCAGCCUUGCGGGUAUUGCUGGUGUGAUUAUGGUCAUUGUUGCUGUGGUUGUCAUUAGACAUCGUCUUCAGAAGGACACCAAGAGCGGCUACCAGGCUGGCAAAAAGGAAAGUAAGGACCUGUAUGCUCCAAAGCAAGGCCCCAAAAAUGGUAAAGGGAAAAAGAGCAAAAAGGGGAAAGCUCCCAAACCGGCUAAGCCACUAGAGGAGGACGAGGAGGCCAGCUUACAGAAAGGCCUCAAGUUCAACCUCAUCAAUGACACUGUCAACGACAGUCCCAGAAUCCACCUUCCCCUUAACUACCCACCAGGAAGCCCUGACUUGGGCCGUCACUACCGCUCUAACUCCCCCCUCCCCUCCAUUCAACUACAGCCUCAGUCACCCUCUGCCUCCAAGAAGCACCAGGCUGUUCAGGACCUUCCCGCCACCAACACCUUUGUGGGAACGGGCGACAACAACUCAACAGGCUCCGACCAAUAUUCGGAUUACAGCUACAAGGCCAACCCUCCAAAAUACAGCAGCAAACAGCACCCCCACCGUCGAGUGACCUUCUCCACAGCCAAUCAGGCGCAGGACCUGCAGGACGCGUCCCAGCACAGCUACUACGACAGCGGCCUGGAGGAGUCAGAGACGCCCAGCUCCAAGUCGUCGUCAGGGCCUCGGAUCGGGCCCCUGGCGCUGCCGGAGGACCACUACGAGCGGACCACGCCUGACGGCAGCAUCGGCGAGAUGGAGCACCCGGAGAACGGUGGAGCGUCGUCGAGCACCGAGCCGGAGAGAGGGGCCGGACAAAAAAGACUGCCUUAAGACAAAACUAAAGACACAAAGAGCAUCUAAAGCUUCUUUUUUUUUUUCUUCUUCAAUUUACAAAAAGAAAACAGAUUAAGUCCUCAAGCUUUUUUUCCUCUCUGAUGCAGUUGUGAGGAUUUUUUCUCUUCCCUUCCCUCCUUGCCUGUGGUCGUGAACUGCUUUUUUUGCUUCAUGUUGCACAUUCCUGAUACAAGUUUUUCGUCAAGGGGAAUCAAAUCACACUAAAGCAGAUGAAAGAAAACGUUUUUUUUGGAGAAACAGCCUGAAUAACAAAGGAAUUAACCCUGUUUGGUCCUUCUGGGGUCCACUUUUUCCCUCCUCGACCCCUGUAGGCCAUUUUUCAGGAGGUGGAUUUGUACAUUUUUGUCAACGCUGCGCUGUUUUCAUUGUGGAUUUAACUAAAGCCUGAGUGGACUCGUCCAAUCGCAGUGGAUUAUCGGCUCUCCACCUUUCAUUGUUUCUUUUUUGCUCUUGUUGCUCUUUUUUCAGCGCUUUUCAGAAUGAGAACUGUGGUUCUCAAACUUUGUUUUUCCAGGGUCACAUUUUAUGGGCGAAUCAAUCUUUUUUCUGACCUGUUUUUCAUAUUUUGAUCGCCCUGGUGCCUGUAGUUGUUGAUUGACAGUCAGGGUUCGGAGGACAGGGUGAACAGCAGAUAAUCAGCUGACCCGCCUCCUCUCAUCGGCCAAUAUAAACUCUGGUAGGAACCGACAGGAACUGUUGUUGAAAUAUUUUUGCUCCCCAAAGUUCCCUCUCAAUCAUUCCUCUUAACUUGAUCGAGACAUUUAGUUACAGUCCAACAUUAGAGUCCAACAGUAGAAAUUUCAGUUUCAUCUCUGUGCAUCCAAUGCAAAGUUCUGUCCAGGACAUGUUAGCCUAGCUUAGCAUAAGACUGAAAGCAAGAGAAAAUCUGCUAGCUUAGCUUGAAAAAAGAAGAGAAAGAGAAAGAGCUUCAUCAGCAUACAAAUAUAAGAAACCAUCAAUAAAUACAAUUUUUAAUCAGAAGAAAUCCAUUAAAUACAAAUUUCCAACACUUUCAUAGCUGUUUAUAAGUUAUUUUGAAUCCUUGUAGGCUAAUUAGCCCCACAUAAAGCAAGGUUUUGUAUUCCAUGCUCAAACAGGUGAAUACACAUAUUGUAGAUCCCAAAACAUUGAUAGCAUUUGGCCAGUAGGUGGUACAAUACAAACACAAUCAAUUGUUAAAACAAAUUAACCCACAAUGGGCGGGAACAUUUAGUGAAUUUCUUUCUGAUUCUGGUUGUAUUUCUGAAAACAGUAAAUAAGAUGAGAGAAUUAUCUCCACAUGCUCUGUCCGAACUCUUAUUUUGAUGACUUAAAUUAGCUUUAUUGAAGUGUGACUUAAACCAAACAUAGCUUAAAAAAGUAAAAACAAAGGUGUGUUGGAGCUAUGCUAGCAGUUUGCCCUUAUACUUUAAGUCUUUGUGCUAAGCUCCUUCAAAUGUUACAGGUCAGUAAAACAACAAAAUAUGUUAUUAUUUUCAUCAGCAUAAUUAAUGUUUGGAUCAAUUAAGAAGGAAGGAUUGAAGAACAAUUAUGCUAGUUAGCUAACUGGAUAGCCAGCUAGCUAUCUGCUGCUAAUGCAUCUUUGAACCAAAUCAGCCCUCCAUCUUUAUCUCCCUCUUCCUCUGCUUCUCUACCAGACAAGUGAUACAGCUUUUAAAGACAUAAUGGUUUGUUUUGUAAUGGUUUAACUGGUUUAACUGAGAAGUUAAAACCUCUAUUGGCCUGUAAGUCAGAUCUCUGCCUUCUUGUAUUUUCCAGUAAAUAAACGCGUGUAGGACUCAGCAGGUUGGUUAGUGCGACAGCUUAGUAACAGAUGAGUAACCAUUGAUCCAGGCCUGGAAUAUUUGUAUGUAAGUACAACAGUGUGUUAAUUCUGAACUAUACCAGUAUGUUUAUGGGAUAUAAAGUUGUAAAAUGGUGUAUGAGUUUGAAUAUUUGUAGUCAUCACUGGUUUGCUGUAGGAAUCAAACAGAGCAGCUCAGUGACCCGCUGCUGUACCUGUGAAUGUACUUUGUAUUCAGAGGUUUUUAUUACAUUAAACAAGUGCUGAUAUCAUU